AUGGCCUCCAGUCACUUUGCUCAUUCCACAUUUUCUUCUUCUCCUCCUCACAGGGAAUACUGCUCCAGUAUUAACAUUAAAAACUGCAAAUUUAAGCCUCAAACACCUUCUGUUCUGCUUUCUUCCUUUAGUGACAGAAGGCCCCCUUACAACACUCUUGUCUUUCAGGCUGUAAGGCUGUUAGGUCCUCCAGCAAGAUUUGAAGCAUCAAAACUGAAGGUUGUAUUCUCAGGAAAAGAUACAGAUAGUUUCUUCAGCACCAGAAUUUUGCCCAGGACAUACACCCUUUCCCAUUGUGACUUUACUGCUAACUUGACAUUAACCAUCUCAAAUGUGAUCCAUCUUGAUCAGCUGAGUGGGUGGUAUAAUAAGGAUGAUGUAGUUGCUGAGUGGACAGAAUAUAAGGGGAAUCUGUUCCUAGAUGUUCACUGUUAUGUAAGUGGACCGAAUUUCCUGCCAGAGUUAGCAGCAGAGUUUAGAUACCACAUUUUCUCCAAGGAAUUGCCUCUGGUACUUGAGGCUGUGCUACAUGGAGAUUCAGACCUUUUCAAAGAGAACCAAGAACUUAUGGAUGCCAUUGUUCGGGUAUACUUCCACUCUAGCUCAAAGAAGUACAAUCGCCUCGAAUGUUGGGGGCCGCUCAGGGAAGCUAUACAGGGUAGAAAAGAAGAUCAAAGACAUGGUACAUUGCAGAAGGGAAGUCAAGAAACACAAAGACCUUGGGGAAGUCCGAAAUCAAUAUUCCAAGCACUAGUUGCUUUUCUUCUUUAG